GGUACUACAACCUCCACAGACUCCUCUGUCCACGCCGUAACAGGUCAAUCCCAAUCAACAACACACAGCCCUGAAGUAAAGAACCAUACCUCAGAGCCUUCAGUAAAAUCAACACCACCAACCGACUUGAAUCUCACCUCUGUGGGUCAAACUACUACAGCCAAAUCCUCUUCCGUCACUACAACACUGCUAGCGUUGACUGUGCGAGAUGAAAAGUCCAGUGGAAGCAGCAGCACAGCAGCUUCACCACCACAAGGUCAGGAGCCCAAGAAAAGUGAGAGUACCACAACAUCAGCAACUCAAGGCACGUCACAGCCAGUUACCCCAACACCAAAUUCUUCUGGCUACUUGCCUGUGCCCACUCCGACAGAUGAUAAAUCACCGCUGACGGUGGCAGCUUUUGGUGUCAUCAGCUUCAUAGUUAUCCUGAUAGUGGUUGUGAUCAUUCUGGUCAGCGUGGUCAGCCUGAGGUUCAAGUGCAACCACUCAAAGGACUCAGAAGACAAACAGAAACCAGGAACCUCCAUGGUAUCAGAGAGCUGCUCGGCAGGCACAAGCCAGAAGGAUAACAGCAUCACUCUGAUCUCCAUGAAGAACAUCAACAUGAACAACAGUAUGAGUUACCCACCAUCAGAAAAG